GAAUGAAAAUAUGGGUACAACAUCAGAGCCAAGUUGUACUCUUUACGUGCGGCAUCUGCCGUCUGAACUUAACACAAAUGACAAAGAGGAUUUACUUAUGCAUUUCGGAGCUACUAAAGUGAAAGUCAUGGGAAUAAAAGGACCGAUGAAACAUACUGCAUUUGCCACUUUUUCUGAUCAUGAAUCUGCUAAAAAGGCAUUAAACCAGCUUCAUCAGCUAGAAGUAUGUGGAUGUAAACUCAUUGCAGAAUUUGCCAAAAGUACACAAAGAAAAAAUUUCCCUUCACUGCUAGAAAAUAAGAGAAAAAUACAAUCUGAAGACAGUGAGAAUCUUCAGGAGACAAAAGAUCAUAAACCAGAGGAGUAUCUGCCUACAGAAAAUACUUUUAAAACUUGGAGGAUGGAAUAUCCCAGGAAUCCUAAACUACAUUAUUUGUAUCCUCCCCCAACAGUUGCCAUAGUAACCAAUAUUGCCAAUGCCCUGGCUUCAUAUCCAAAAUUCUAUGUCCAGGUGCUCCAUCUAAUGAACAAAAUGAAUCUGCCUGCCCCGUUUGGACCUGUUACUUCCACUCCUCCCAUUCCUGGUGAUAAAGAAGAUACUCUGAUGCUAGGAAAAGAUCAGCUAGAAACGGAGGAAAUGGAGGUUAUAAGUGAGGAGGAGUCAGAGAUAGAAAGUGAAAGUGAAAAUAAUGGAAAUAUUAAAGAAGAAAUCGCUGCCAAGCGACCCUUGAAAAGAAAAUCCAGAUUACCUAAGAAAAAGUUAAAGUUAGCUCCCUUAGUGGCCUCUACAGAGACCACACCUGUCCGACCAGCACAAGUGAUACAAGCUCAGGAGGUGUUCGAGCAGCCCACCACACAGGUCCAGUCUAAAAAGAUAGAACUGAAACUGCCAGAAGCAGUCCUUCCCAGGGAUGAAGUUACAGAGCAUCCAGAUUUGUUGUCAGUGGUAGAAUCAGCUGAACAGACUGGAGGGGAGGAAGGUGGUGAAAGUGGCUUUGGGAAAAUUCAACCAGUAGAGAAGCCUCCACCAGAAGAAGAGUUGAGGGAAUCAGAUCUACCCUAUACUGUGGAUCCUGAAUUGUUCUUGUCUCUAGAUGAUAUCAAAAAGGGCAGAAUAUCCCACUCAGAAAUGAAGAAUUUUUCAGUCUUUAAAAAAUAUGAGGCUGGUGAGAUGGCAGGCCGGCUGUACAUCAAGAAUCUCGCUAAACACACCACGGAACAGGACCUGGUUAAUAUAUUUGGAGGCUUUGUGAAUUGGAGUGAUGAGUUGGAAAAGAACAUAUUUGACAUACGUUUAAUGAAGGAAGGCAGAAUGAAAGGACAGGCCUUUGUCACCUUUGCCAGUGAAAAGUCAGCUUACAAAGCUCUUAAAGAAACAAACGGCUUUGUGCUGAAUUCUAAACCCAUGGCAGUGCAAUUUGCAAGAUCAGCAAAGGCAAAGGAACCCAAUGAGAAGUCUUCAAAGAAGUGAUGUCAGGAAAAAGUUCAAGCUGAGACUUUCUUAAAGGUCAGAGUAAUUGGAAGAAAAACACACCAAGAUUAAGUUUAAUGGCAGCAGGAAUGGCACCUGGACUGUGAUGUACAUGUUCUGCCAUGCAACAAAGGGUGAACAGGAUUUCAGAGAAUUUUAAAAUUGUAAAUUCUCUAACCUCUUCUUGAGCUUGAUGCUAGUAACUGAAAUAUGAAUUAACAUCUGAUAAAUACAAGCUUUAAGAGAUUG